UAGUUUAGCUUUGACAUCAAAAACAUCAUAUUUCUUUAGUGUAUAGAGAAAAUUAAAAGUUUUUUUAUUUUAAAGUGGAAAUAGAAAAUGUAUUGUUUUUUUUAACAAACACACAAUAAACAAAAUAUAAAAGAGUUUAAAAUCUGGUUUUGAAUCAACAUUUCAACAGCAGCAACAACAACACGAUUAAGAAACAACAUUUAACCAAAGAGGCCGUUUAAACGUUAUUAUUAUUAUUUUUUUUAAUAAAUUGGCUCUACUUUAGCAGUUCCAACGACAUUUAAUAUAGAAAAAGCAGCAUCAUAUUUUGGAAUUUAAAUAAAACUGGUUUUAUGAAAUCGAAACAAGUUUACCCGGUUUUUUCAUUUCUGAACUUAAUUUACUUGAAAGAUUUUCUUCACGUUGCUGUGUGCGUUUGCACUUUUUGCUAACAAGUCCACAACGUAAAUUACUGUUGUUGUUAAAUUUACUUUUUUAAUUCUGUUUUUCAACAACUUUGAACAGUUUAGUCGUUGAUCUAAUAUGGCUCAGGAUCUCGAUUUCGAUCACUAUAUAGAUGUCGACAAUACCACCGUUAAACCCAGUCCACAACGUGUUCGCAACAUAUUGACGCUAGAGGAAAAAGUCGCCGUUAUUCAUGCUUACGAUCAACGUCCCAUGUACAAGAAAGUUGCACGCAUGUUCAAUUGUAGUUGGGAACAAAUUAAAAAUAUCAUUUCAAAUCGUACCGCCAUUAUGGAAUACUAUAAUGAAACCAAAAAUAAAGAAGUCUUCGAUGCAGACUAUGAACAACAAAUGGAUGUAAAACAAAGAAAAAUUAAAUUUCUAGGUGAAUGUGUUUACGAGUGUCUGCAACGUUUGCAAUAUUAUACAAAAUUGCCCAUAACCGAAGAAUUGAUAAGAAAUAAAGCAUUAGAAUUUCUAGAUGUUUUACGUAUACCGGGUUUUACACCCACAAAAAAAUGGAUGAAUUUAUUUAAGGCCAGCUAUAAUAUAACAUUGUCGAAUAAACAAAUUUCGAUCUAUACUAAACCCCAAUAUUCGCUGGAUAUUAAAGAUAUAGUAACCUAUUGUACGAAAGCUAAAGUGGGCAACAAAUGUUUACUAACCAAGUGCAGAACGGAUGAUGUGAAAAAUGUGGAAUACGAAUCGAAACGUUUGCGGAAGUUGAACUUUUUGCAAGAGGCCCUGAAAGAGUAUAUGCUUAGAGUGAAAUUUCAUCAUAAGUCUAUGAAAUUGGAUACGGACUCAUUGCGUUUGGUAGCUAAAGAAUUUAAUGAAAUUUUAAAAGUGCAGGAUUUUGAACCCACAGUUGAGUGGAUAAAUGAGUUUAGAACGCAACACGAUAUAGAACGGCAGGAUCUGUCUAAUAUCAAAAGGCCACCUUUGAGUCUGGAUCUCAAGGACAUCUUAAGUUAUUGCAGUCGUAUGCAAAAUAAAGCCAAAGAUACCGUUACACUGGCCCCCAAAGAAACCGCCUUACAAAUGCGUGUUUUGCCCAAAUUUCCCGGAAAAAGUAUUAACGAAUCAGGUUUAAAAUUUCAGAAAAAUUCUAUUAUUUAUUUAGAUGAAGAAGCAGCACUUGGGGAAAAGGAUAUAAAACCUGAUAUUGAGGAAAUACGUGUGGAAAGACCUCAACUAGAACAACCACCACCUUUGAAAAUUCGUAAAAUUGAAUCGAUUAACAAUGAUCCGGAACUUCAACGUAAAUUUCAAACGAAUAUAGAAAUUCGAAAAGUACCACCACUCAGUGUCAGAGAAAUGCCAAAAGAACCUCCUAAAUCACCUUCCAAAACAGUUAUUUACAUACAAAAAGUUCCUGCUGCUAAUAUACCCAAAGAAAAUAUUGUACGUUUAACUCCACAACCUCCCGCUCCCGCUCCAGUGCAAAUAAAAGAAGAGAUUCCGGACGAUAAUAGUUAUAUAUUACCCACCAACACUGUAAUAACUCCACCACAACUACGAAUACAAAAAGUACAACAACAAUUCACUCCCUCCUCUAUUUCUCCCACCUUACCACCACAACAGCACCAGUCCUUACCCCAUAAAGCAGAUGAUUUUGAAGGUGAGGACUUACCGCGUCACGUUACUAGUUUUAAAGAUGUUCUCUUGCUGCUUAAACCUUUGGAAGAGUAUGCAAUGCUUAAGGAAAACUAUCGUGCGAUAGGUUUAAUAACCCAACUGGAAGAGGUUUUAAAAAAUCCACCCGAAGAUCAUAAUGUUGGCGAUGAGGAGUUUAUAGGUUGAUUUUAUAAACAUAUAAUACAAACUAGAGAAAAUUACCUUGUUUUAAAUGUAAUUUUCAUGUAAAAUUCUAAAGUUAAUAUAUUUUUAAAUUAGUAGUAAACAAAAGCUUUAAGUUCCUUUAUUUACUACGUUAUUUUAUUAACUAUUAUUAGUUAGUUUAGUUAUUUAAGAAAUCUGCAACUAACCAAAAUCUAAAAUAAAAUUUUGAAUUAUUCAUGUUAAAGAUAUGAAGGAGUAGACCAUAAUACAUAUAUGUAUGUAUGUACACAUGUAUGUAUACUGGUAAGAAAAAAAUAUUUAUUUAAUAUUUUCUUAAAAAAGAUAAAUUUUAAUAAAAAUGAAUAUUUAUUUAUUAU